AUGGAUUCCACACAAGUCAAGGCUGCUGUCAUCAAGCAGGUCCAGCAGGAGGCCAACCUGGUCAACGCUCGCACUCUGAUCGAGAAACUUCAAGAAACCUGCUUCGAGAAGUGCGUUCCAAAGCCCGGAACUUCCCUGUCGAGCGGCGAGACUACCUGCAUGACUAGCUGCAUGGAGAAGUACAUGGCUGCCUGGAACAUGGUCAACUCAGCCUACAUUGCUCGAUUAAGGCAGGAGUCUGGUCACUAG